AUGGAUGCUUUUGUGAACAGAUUUAAAGGGACUACUGCUCUUUGGUCCGACGAAAGUAGUAUGCUCGGUGAUUUCGGCUCCUAUGAUGCUGUUAAAGAAUUCUCUCACCCAGUCUUCGAAAUUCCCGCUUAUCAAAAUGCAAACUGCACCGAUGAAAACUCUGAUUCUGAGUGUCGUAUCAAAUUUGAACAUGGUACAACUACACUAGCUUUCAAAUUUCAAGGUGGUAUCAUGGUUGCUGUUGAUUCGCGUGCUUCUGCCGGAAGUUACAUUGCUUCACAAACUGUAAAGAAAGUCAUCGAAAUCAAUCCAUACCUUUUAGGAACUAUGGCCGGUGGUGCUGCUGAUUGCCAAUUCUGGGAAAGAGACCUUGGCAGGCAUUGUCGAUUGUACGAGUUGAGAAAUAAAGAACGAAUUUCUGUCGCAGCUGCUUCUAAGUUGUUGGCUAAUAUGGUAUACCCAUAUAAAAGAAUGGGAAUCUCAAUGGGAACAAUGAUUACUGGUUGGGAUAAAACUGUAUGUAUGUUCACAUUUAAUAUAUAA